UGAAGUUUAAAUAGCUGCCAUGAGGCAUCCAGACACUGAACUUGAAGGGCAAAACCCUAAUCUUGGAUGUUACGAAACCCUAAAAGCAACAGGACUGCAGAAUUGGCUGCCUCCUUCAAGCUUUGCUUCAAUGCUUGCACCACCUUUUUCUUGAGCACAUUCUCUGUGUAGCUAUGGGUGCACAAUCGGCUCCCAGUAUGGGGCUAGCAGCUCUAAAGACCUCCUUCUAAGCUCUAUAACCUUUGCUGAAAACAGCCAGUGCUGAUGGGGGAUCCCUUUGAGGCCCUGUCGCUCGACCUCUUUCGGGCCGUUUUGCUGCGGUGUGACAAUGCAGCCCUUGUGCGGGCCGGCUGUGUUAGCCGACGGUGGCGGUCCGUUAGCAGAGAAGCCACCGUCUUGACCAUCUACAAGAAUCAGCGGGUUAUGUACAUCAACGGGCGCUCGCGAUGGGAUUGGGACUGCAUUCUCUUUCACGUAGAUGGUUCCAAGAGUGGUAGGGAGACAACGCCAGAUGCUUCGCCCAAGACUACACUAAGUCCGUCACAAAAAGACGGUGUCAUCACCACCGGCCCUCAAAAGCCUAUCCACGAAAGGGUGUUCGUUGCUGAGGCGCAUCCAGGCUGUCGGCUCCUCUGUAAUGAGAGCUUUGAGCGGCUCUUUCCUGGCAGCCACACGUUUGGCAGUCUGAGCGUCCUGUUGCUGCACCAAUGUCACCUCCUGUCGGACGAGACGCUGGCUGCCGUUGUCCGGCGGUGUCCGAAUCUCAAGAAGCUCGGGCUGACGGGCAUUGCGGGUCCGGCAACUCUGGGAGCAUUAGCGACGGUCUCCGAGUCGCGGCUGGAGGUCCUCGAACUCGCGCACAGCGCAAAGGUUGGCGACUCAGACGUCCUCCCUCUCCUGGCGGCGUGUCCCCGCCUGCGGCGCUGCAACCUGCGGGGGUGCAAGGGCGUUUCGGCGGCGGCCUACAACGCAGUGGCUAAGGAGCUGUACUCGCGAUUGGCUGCGGAUGGCGUACCCGUCCCGUCCGAGUUCUACUACCUCAAGCGGUGAUAGACAGAAUGUCCUUCCGAAACGAGAACAAUUCGAAAGUGCAUACUUGCACAUGACGUUAUUGUACUAUAGUGAGGAGAGGUCUGUCUAAUGUACCAUAGUUGGGGCCUGCUGCACGGGUUGUUCCCUGGAAGUAAGACAGGUGCUAACGAAAAGUCCAAGGGUUGCUUGGAAGAGAUUGGGCUCUUGGAGCGCCCAUGUCGGAAGAACCUUCAUUGCGGUGAUGUACAUAAGAGCACGAGUAAUUUUAGAUGCUCUGAAAAUUAGCAAGAGCGCGGGCCAGCUCGUGCGGAGAAAGAGGUCGAGUCCGGCGCUUUCUUCAGGUCGGAUCUGCAAAAACUUAGACGGAGCACUUCAGAGACAUUGCGGUGCUCGGACGAGCAAGUAAGAAAGGCCAAGGUAGGACGAGGCGAACUUGCACUCAAGAAAAGAAGAUGUUGGAGCCGCAUGCCAAGAACAAUUGUCGAUCAAGCUUCUUGUUGCGCUACGAUUGAGAAUUGGAUUACUAUAAUCAAGGAUUGACACCAAAGUUGGAUAUGACCACGUGACCUCGUCCAAAACUGCUUAUGAUUCGAGCCGAC